AUGGGUCGCGAGGUCGAAUCCAGCGAGGUGGAGGUGGAGGUGGAGCCGUUACCCACGCCUCCUAAGUUCGAUCUGAACAUCGACUGGUCGCAAGUUAAUCUCGAGGCCCUUCAGUUGCCUGAAGGCGAGGAUUUCGACGUUAAGAGCGACGACGAGGAGGAGGAGCUGGAGGUGGUGGAGUCGGAGACGGGCUUCGGGAACGUCAUAGUCGUCGACAACCUGCCCGUCGUGCCGCCCGAAAAGUUUGAGAAGCUGCAGACCGUGGCCAAGAAGAUUUUCGGGCAGAUUGGGCUGAUUCGGGAGGGGGGGCUGUGGAUGCCCGUGAAUAAGGAGACGCAGAAGACAAACGGAUAUGCCUUUAUCGAGUAUGCCACUCCCCAGGAGGCGCAAGCGGCGCGGGAGCAGAUGGACGGGUACAAGCUGGACAAGGCGCACGUCUUCAAGGUCUCCAUGUUCGACGACUUCGAGAAGUACGCGCGCGUGCCCGACCAAUACGCGCCGCCGCCGCUCAAGGAGUACACGCCCUCGGAGAACCUGCAAUGGUUCGCGGCGGACGAGCGCGGGCGCGACCAGUUUGUGAUCCGCUUCGCGUCCGAGACCGAGGUGUACUGGAACGACGCGCGCGCCGCCAAGCCCGACCCCGUCUACCGCCGCACGGUAAGAGGGGGAGAUGGGGAGGGGGAGAGCCGCACGCCGCAGGGGGGUGAUGAGACGCGCGCACGUAAGGGAGAGGUGAUCGAGCAGCAUGGUAGGGGAGGGAUGAUUGACGCUAUCUCCCCUUUCUCCAACCCCCCUAACCCAACUCCAACCCCCCACUACCCCUUCUCCAACCCCCCCUCCCUCUACCCUCUCCCCCCACCCUCUCCCCCCACUCAAUUGAAUGCACCAUCCCUUCUCGCCCCUCGCCUCCUUCCCACAACCCCCACCUCCCCACUCCUUUCAGUUUUGGACGGAGAGUUUCGUGCAGUGGUCCCCUCUGGGCAGCUACCUCGCCACCAUCCAUUGCCAGGGCGUCACCUCGUUGCGCCCUUCUGGACGGAGAGCUUCGUGCAGUGGUCGCCGCUGGGCAGCUAUCUCGCCACCAUCGCCGCCCUCCACCCACUGCUGCUCAUACCAAUGCCCUUUCUGGACGGAGAGCUUCGUGCAGUGGUCGCCGCUGGGCAGUUACCUGGCCACCAUCCAUCGCCAGGGCGCUGCUCCCGCACUCGCUUUUCCCUCAAUUGGAUGCACCAUCCCCUUUCCCCCCUCGCCUCCGCCCCAUUUAAAACAAUCCCUCGUGUCACCCUCCGCCCUUCCCCUCCCCUCUUUCAGUUUUGGACGGAGAGCUUCGUGCAGUGGUCCCCGCUGGGCAGCUACCUCGCGACCAUCCAUCGCCAGGGCGCGGCUAUCUGGGCCGGCUCCUCGUGGCAACGCAUCAUGCGCUUCGCUCACCCGCAGGUGGGUUGUGAGGGGUGCAUGGUGGAGCGGCCAUCUGGGCCGGCUCCUCGUGGCAACGCAUCAUGCGCUUCGCUCACCCGCAGGUGGGUUGUGAGGGGUGCAGGUGGGUUGUCAGGGGUGCAGCCCUUCCUUGAGCCCGCUGCCCCCCCGUCUCUCCUUCCUCGUUCCCCCCUUUUCGCUUUUCUCGCAAAUCCCUUACCACGCCAUGUCUUGUGUGUCGAACCUUCCCGCCCUGUCUCGUGUGUCCCUUUUGAGACGCCUCAAAAGUCAUUCCCGCACUGUCUCGUGUGUCUCUUCUCCCCUCACGUUGUGCCGUGCUGCUGUAUUCCCCGUCCUUUCCUCCUCUUCCUCCUUCGCCAACCCCUGACACCAAGCCCUCCGUACAUCAAUUACCCGUUCUCACACUCCCCCCGUCCUGCCCCAAAUCCCUCGCUCUUUACAAUCACGCGCCAGGUGCGCCUGAUUGACUUCUCCCCAGGGGAGCGGUUCCUGGUGACGUACAGCAGCCAUGAACCCGCCAACCCGAGGGACACACAGAAGGUGGUGCUGAACGUGUUUGACGUGCGCACGGGGAAGAGCAUGCGUGAAUUCAAGGGCGCAGCAGACGACUUCGCCACUGGCGGCGCUGGUGGCGUUGCCGGCGUGCAGUGGCCUGUAUUCAGGGACACGCAGAAGGUGGUGCUGAACGUGUUUGAUGUGCGCACGGGCAAGAGCAUGCGCGAGUUCAAGGGCGCCGCGGACGACUUUGCUACUGGCGGCGCCGGUGGCGUUGCUGGUGUGCAGUGGCCUGUAUUCAGGUGGGUUCCGCUGGUCCCUCCCCCUCCCCCUUUCCCUCCCCCGGGCAAGAGCAUGCGCGAGUUCAAGGGCGCCGCGGACGACUUCGCUACUGGCGGCGCCGGUGGGGUCGCUGGUGUGCAGUGGCCUGUAUUCAGGUGGGCUGUGGUAUUCAGGUGGGCUGUGGUAUUCAGGUGGGCUGUGGUAUUCAGGUGGGCUGUGGUCUUCAGGUGGGCUGUGGUCUUCAGGUGGGCUGUGGUCUUCAGGUGGGCGGUGGCCUGUUUCCAGGUGGGUCUUCAGGUAGGUGGUUUGCUCGUCUUCAGGUGGGCGGGCGGGCGAGAGGACAAGUAUUUCGCGCGCAUGGGAAAGAACUGCGUGUCGGUGUAUGAGACGAGCACCAUGGCUCUGCUCGACAAGAAGUGGGCGGGCGGGCGAGAGGACAAGUACUUUGCGCGCAUGGGGAAGAACUGCGUGUCGGUGUAUGAGACGAGCACCAUGGCUCUGCUCGAUAAGAAGUCGCUCAAGGCGGACCACGUGCACGACUUCACGUGGUCGCCCGCUGAACCGCUGCUCGCCAUGUACAUCCCUGAAUCGAAUGGGGGGAAUCAGCCUGCUAGGGUGAGCUUGGUAGCCAUCCCAUCGCGCGAGGAGCUGAGGCAGAAGAACCUAUUCAGUGUGAGCGAGUGCCGCAUGGCGUGGCAGAGCGCGGGCGAGUACCUGGCAGUCAAGGUCGACCGCUACACCAAGACCAAGAAAACCACCUACUCAGGCUUCGAGCUCUUCCGAAUCAAGGAGCGCGACAUUCCAAUCGAAGUCCUCGAGUUAGAAAACAAGAACGACAAAGUCAUCGACUUCGCGUGGGAACCCAAGGGGCAUCGGUUCGCGGUGAUCCACGGGGACGGGCCGAAGCCGGACGUGUCGAUUUACACGAUGAAGCCGGCGGGAGCGGGGGGAGGGGGGGGCGUUGUGAAGGUGGCGAAGCUGACGACGCUGAAGGGGAAGCAGGCGAACACGCUGUGCUGGUCGCCCAUGGGGCGGUUCCUGGUGCUGGCGGGGCUCAAGGGGUUCAACGGGCAGUUAGAGUUCUUCAAUGUGGACGAGCUGGAGACCAUGGGCACUGGCGAGCACUUCAUGGCUACUGAUGUUGAGUGGGACCCCACUGGCAGGGGACUGGGGGGGGAAGGGGGGGAGGCGGAGCUCAAGGGGUUCAACGGGCAGUUAGAGUUCUUCAAUGUGGACGAGCUGGAGACCAUGGGCACUGGCGAGCACUUCAUGGCUACUGAUGUUGAGUGGGACCCCACUGGCAGGGGACUGGGGGGGGAAGGGGGGGAGGCGGAGCUCAAGGGGUUCAACGGGCAGUUUGAGUUCUUCAAUGUGGACGAGCUGGAGACCAUGGGCACUGGCGAGCACUUCAUGGCUACUGAUGUUGAGUGGGACCCCACUGGCAGGGGACUGGGGGGGGAAGGGGGGGAGGCGGAGCUCAAGGGGUUCAACGGGCAGUUUGAGUUCUUCAAUGUGGACGAGCUGGAGACCAUGGGCACUGGCGAGCACUUCAUGGCUACUGAUGUUGAGUGGGACCCCACUGGCAGGGGACUGGGGGGGGAAGGGGGGGAGGCGGAGCUCAAGGGGUUCAACGGGCAGUUAGAGUUCUUCAAUGUGGACGAGCUGGAGACCAUGGGCACUGGCGAGCACUUCAUGGCUACUGAUGUUGAGUGGGACCCCACUGGCAGGGGACUGGGGGGGGAAGGGGGGGAGGCGGAGCUCAAGGGGUUCAACGGGCAGUUAGAGUUCUUCAAUGUGGACGAGCUGGAGACCAUGGGCACUGGCGAGCACUUCAUGGCUACUGAUGUUGAGUGGGACCCCACUGGCAGGGGACUGGGGGGGGAAGGGGGGGAGGCGGAGCUCAAGGGGUUCAACGGGCAGUUAGAGUUCUUCAAUGUGGACGAGCUGGAGACCAUGGGCACUGGCGAGCACUUCAUGGCUACUGAUGUUGAGUGGGACCCCACUGGCAGGGGACUGGGGGGGGAAGGGGGGGAGGCGGAGCUCAAGGGGUUCAACGGGCAGUUAGAGUUCUUCAAUGUGGACGAGCUGGAGACCAUGGGCACUGGCGAGCACUUCAUGGCUACUGAUGUUGAGUGGGACCCCACUGGCAGGGGACUGGGGGGGGAAGGGGGGGAGGCGGAGCUCAAGGGGUUCAACGGGCAGUUAGAGUUCUUCAAUGUGGACGAGCUGGAGACCAUGGGCACUGGCGAGCACUUCAUGGCUACUGAUGUUGAGUGGGACCCCACUGGCAGGGGACUGGGGGGGGAAGGGGGGGAGGCGGAGCUCAAGGGGUUCAACGGGCAGUUAGAGUUCUUCAAUGUGGACGAGCUGGAGACCAUGGGCACUGGCGAGCACUUCAUGGCUACUGAUGUUGAGUGGGACCCCACUGGCAGGGGACUGGGGGGGGAAGGGGGGGAGGCGGAGCUCAAGGGGUUCAACGGGCAGUUAGAGUUCUUCAAUGUGGACGAGCUGGAGACCAUGGGCACUGGCGAGCACUUCAUGGCUACUGAUGUUGAGUGGGACCCCACUGGCAGGGGACUGGGGGGGGAAGGGGGGGAGGCGGAGCUCAAGGGGUUCAACGGGCAGUUAGAGUUCUUCAAUGUGGACGAGCUGGAGACCAUGGGCACUGGCGAGCACUUCAUGGCUACUGAUGUUGAGUGGGACCCCACUGGCAGGGGACUGGGGGGGGAAGGGGGGGAGGCGGAGCUCAAGGGGUUCAACGGGCAGUUAGAGUUCUUCAAUGUGGACGAGCUGGAGACCAUGGGCACUGGCGAGCACUUCAUGGCUACUGAUGUUGAGUGGGACCCCACUGGCAGGGGACUGGGGGGGGAAGGGGGGGAGGCGGAGCUCAAGGGGUUCAACGGGCAGUUAGAGUUCUUCAAUGUGGACGAGCUGGAGACCAUGGGCACUGGCGAGCACUUCAUGGCUACUGAUGUUGAGUGGGACCCCACUGGCAGGGGACUGGGGGGGGAAGGGGGGGAGGCGGAGCUCAAGGGGUUCAACGGGCAGUUAGAGUUCUUCAAUGUGGACGAGCUGGAGACCAUGGGCACUGGCGAGCACUUCAUGGCUACUGAUGUUGAGUGGGACCCCACUGGCAGGGGACUGGGGGGGGAAGGGGGGGAGGCGGAGCUCAAGGGGUUCAACGGGCAGUUAGAGUUCUUCAAUGUGGACGAGCUGGAGACCAUGGGCACUGGCGAGCACUUCAUGGCUACUGAUGUUGAGUGGGACCCCACUGGCAGGGGACUGGGGGGGGAAGGGGGGGAGGCGGAGCUCAAGGGGUUCAACGGGCAGUUAGAGUUCUUCAAUGUGGACGAGCUGGAGACCAUGGGCACUGGCGAGCACUUCAUGGCUACUGAUGUUGAGUGGGACCCCACUGGCAGGGGACUGGGGGGGGAAGGGGGGGAGGCGGAGCUCAAGGGGUUCAACGGGCAGUUAGAGUUCUUCAAUGUGGACGAGCUGGAGACCAUGGGCACUGGCGAGCACUUCAUGGCUACUGAUGUUGAGUGGGACCCCACUGGCAGGGGACUGGGGGGGGAAGGGGGGGAGGCGGAGCUCAAGGGGUUCAACGGGCAGUUAGAGUUCUUCAAUGUGGACGAGCUGGAGACCAUGGGCACUGGCGAGCACUUCAUGGCUACUGAUGUUGAGUGGGACCCCACUGGCAGGGGACUGGGGGGGGAAGGGGGGGAGGCGGAGCUCAAGGGGUUCAACGGGCAGUUAGAGUUCUUCAAUGUGGACGAGCUGGAGACCAUGGGCACUGGCGAGCACUUCAUGGCUACUGAUGUUGAGUGGGACCCCACUGGCAGGGGACUGGGGGGGGAAGGGGGGGAGGCGGAGCUCAAGGGGUUCAACGGGCAGUUAGAGUUCUUCAAUGUGGACGAGCUGGAGACCAUGGGCACUGGCGAGCACUUCAUGGCUACUGAUGUUGAGUGGGACCCCACUGGCAGGGGACUGGGGGGGGAAGGGGGGGAGGCGGAGCUCAAGGGGUUCAACGGGCAGUUAGAGUUCUUCAAUGUGGACGAGCUGGAGACCAUGGGCACUGGCGAGCACUUCAUGGCUACUGAUGUUGAGUGGGACCCCACUGGCAGGGGACUGGGGGGGGAAGGGGGGGAGGCGGAGCUCAAGGGGUUCAACGGGCAGUUAGAGUUCUUCAAUGUGGACGAGCUGGAGACCAUGGGCACUGGCGAGCACUUCAUGGCUACUGAUGUUGAGUGGGACCCCACUGGCAGGGGACUGGGGGGGGAAGGGGGGGAGGCGGAGCUCAAGGGGUUCAACGGGCAGUUAGAGUUCUUCAAUGUGGACGAGCUGGAGACCAUGGGCACUGGCGAGCACUUCAUGGCUACUGAUGUUGAGUGGGACCCCACUGGCAGGGGACUGGGGGGGGAAGGGGGGGAGGCGGAGCUCAAGGGGUUCAACGGGCAGUUAGAGUUCUUCAAUGUGGACGAGCUGGAGACCAUGGGCACUGGCGAGCACUUCAUGGCUACUGAUGUUGAGUGGGACCCCACUGGCAGAGGGGACUGGGGGGGGGAAGGGGGGGAGGCGGAGCUCAAGGGGUUCAACGGGCAGUUAGAGUUCUUCAAUGUGGACGAGCUGGAGACCAUGGGCACUGGCGAGCACUUCAUGGCUACUGAUGUUGAGUGGGACCCCACUGGCAGGGGACUGGGGGGGGAAGGGGGGGAGGCGGAGCUCAAGGGGUUCAACGGGCAGUUAGAGUUCUUCAAUGUGGACGAGCUGGAGACCAUGGGCACUGGCGAGCACUUCAUGGCUACUGAUGUUGAGUGGGACCCCACUGGCAGGGGACUGGGGGGGGAAGGGGGGGAGGCGGAGCUCAAGGGGUUCAACGGGCAGUUAGAGUUCUUCAAUGUGGACGAGCUGGAGACCAUGGGCACUGGCGAGCACUUCAUGGCUACUGAUGUUGAGUGGGACCCCACUGGCAGGGGACUGGGGGGGGAAGGGGGGGAGGCGGAGCUCAAGGGGUUCAACGGGCAGUUAGAGUUCUUCAAUGUGGACGAGCUGGAGACCAUGGGCACUGGCGAGCACUUCAUGGCUACUGAUGUUGAGUGGGACCCCACUGGCAGGGGACUGGGGGGGGAAGGGGGGGAGGCGGAGCUCAAGGGGUUCAACGGGCAGUUAGAGUUCUUCAAUGUGGACGAGCUGGAGACCAUGGGCACUGGCGAGCACUUCAUGGCUACUGAUGUUGAGUGGGACCCCACUGGCAGGGGACUGGGGGGGGAAGGGGGGGAGGCGGAGCUCAAGGGGUUCAACGGGCAGUUAGAGUUCUUCAAUGUGGACGAGCUGGAGACCAUGGGCACUGGCGAGCACUUCAUGGCUACUGAUGUUGAGUGGGACCCCACUGGCAGGGGACUGGGGGGGGAAGGGGGGGAGGCGGAGCUCAAGGGGUUCAACGGGCAGUUAGAGUUCUUCAAUGUGGACGAGCUGGAGACCAUGGGCACUGGCGAGCACUUCAUGGCUACUGAUGUUGAGUGGGACCCCACUGGCAGGGGACUGGGGGGGGAAGGGGGGGAGGCGGAGCUCAAGGGGUUCAACGGGCAGUUAGAGUUCUUCAAUGUGGACGAGCUGGAGACCAUGGGCACUGGCGAGCACUUCAUGGCUACUGAUGUUGAGUGGGACCCCACUGGCAGGGGACUGGGGGGGGAAGGGGGGGAGGCGGAGCUCAAGGGGUUCAACGGGCAGUUAGAGUUCUUCAAUGUGGACGAGCUGGAGACCAUGGGCACUGGCGAGCACUUCAUGGCUACUGAUGUUGAGUGGGACCCCACUGGCAGGGGACUGGGGGGGGAAGGGGGGGAGGCGGAGCUCAAGGGGUUCAACGGGCAGUUAGAGUUCUUCAAUGUGGACGAGCUGGAGACCAUGGGCACUGGCGAGCACUUCAUGGCUACUGAUGUUGAGUGGGACCCCACUGGCAGGGGACUGGGGGGGGAAGGGGGGGAGGCGGAGCUCAAGGGGUUCAACGGGCAGUUAGAGUUCUUCAAUGUGGACGAGCUGGAGACCAUGGGCACUGGCGAGCACUUCAUGGCUACUGAUGUUGAGUGGGACCCCACUGGCAGGGGACUGGGGGGGGAAGGGGGGGAGGCGGAGCUCAAGGGGUUCAACGGGCAGUUAGAGUUCUUCAAUGUGGACGAGCUGGAGACCAUGGGCACUGGCGAGCACUUCAUGGCUACUGAUGUUGAGUGGGACCCCACUGGCAGGGGACUGGGGGGGGAAGGGGGGGAGGCGGAGCUCAAGGGGUUCAACGGGCAGUUAGAGUUCUUCAAUGUGGACGAGCUGGAGACCAUGGGCACUGGCGAGCACUUCAUGGCUACUGAUGUUGAGUGGGACCCCACUGGCAGGGGACUGGGGGGGGAAGGGGGGGAGGCGGAGCUCAAGGGGUUCAACGGGCAGUUAGAGUUCUUCAAUGUGGACGAGCUGGAGACCAUGGGCACUGGCGAGCACUUCAUGGCUACUGAUGUUGAGUGGGACCCCACUGGCAGGGGACUGGGGGGGGAAGGGGGGGAGGCGGAGCUCAAGGGGUUCAACGGGCAGUUAGAGUUCUUCAAUGUGGACGAGCUGGAGACCAUGGGCACUGGCGAGCACUUCAUGGCUACUGAUGUUGAGUGGGACCCCACUGGCAGGGGACUGGGGGGGGAAGGGGGGGAGGCGGAGCUCAAGGGGUUCAACGGGCAGUUAGAGUUCUUCAAUGUGGACGAGCUGGAGACCAUGGGCACUGGCGAGCACUUCAUGGCUACUGAUGUUGAGUGGGACCCCACUGGCAGGGGACUGGGGGGGGAAGGGGGGGAGGCGGAGCUCAAGGGGUUCAACGGGCAGUUAGAGUUCUUCAAUGUGGACGAGCUGGAGACCAUGGGCACUGGCGAGCACUUCAUGGCUACUGAUGUUGAGUGGGACCCCACUGGCAGAGGGGACUGGGGGGGGAAAGGGGGGGAGGCGGAGCUCAAGGGGUUCAACGGGCAGUUAGAGUUCUUCAAUGUGGACGAGCUGGAGACCAUGGGCACUGGCGAGCACUUCAUGGCUACUGAUGUUGAGUGGGACCCCACUGGCAGAGAGGGGACUGGGGGGGAAGGGGGGGAGGCGGAGCUCAAGGGGUUCAACGGGCAGUUAGAGUUCUUCAAUGUGGACGAGCUGGAGACCAUGGGCACUGGCGAGCACUUCAUGGCUACUGAUGUUGAGUGGGACCCCACUGGCAGGGGACUGGGGGGGGAAGGGGGGGAGGCGGAGCUCAAGGGGUUCAACGGGCAGUUAGAGUUCUUCAAUGUGGACGAGCUGGAGACCAUGGGCACUGGCGAGCACUUCAUGGCUACUGAUGUUGAGUGGGACCCCACUGGCAGGGGACUGGGGGGGGAAGGGGGGGAGGCGGAGCUCAAGGGGUUCAACGGGCAGUUAGAGUUCUUCAAUGUGGACGAGCUGGAGACCAUGGGCACUGGCGAGCACUUCAUGGCUACUGAUGUUGAGUGGGACCCCACUGGCAGAGGGGACUGGGGGGGGGAAGGGGGGGAGGCGGAGCUCAAGGGGUUCAACGGGCAGUUAGAGUUCUUCAAUGUGGACGAGCUGGAGACCAUGGGCACUGGCGAGCACUUCAUGGCUACUGAUGUUGAGUGGGACCCCACUGGCAGGGGACUGGGGGGGGAAGGGGGGGAGGCGGAGCUCAAGGGGUUCAACGGGCAGUUAGAGUUCUUCAAUGUGGACGAGCUGGAGACCAUGGGCACUGGCGAGCACUUCAUGGCUACUGAUGUUGAGUGGGACCCCACUGGCAGGGGGGGAGGCGGAGCUCAAGGGUUCAACGGGCAGUUUGAGUUCUUCAAUGUGGACGAGCUGGAGACCAUGGGCACUGGCGAGCACUUCAUGGCUACUGAUGUUGAGUGGGACCCCACUGGCAGGGGACUGGGGGGGGAAGGGGGGGAGGCGGAGCUCAAGGGGUUCAACGGGCAGUUUGAGUUCUUCAAUGUGGACGAGCUGGAGACCAUGGGCACUGGCGAGCACUUCAUGGCUACUGAUGUUGAGUGGGACCCCACUGGCAGGGGACUGGGGGGGGAAGGGGGGGAGGCGGAGCUCAAGGGGUUCAACAGGCAGUUAGAGUUCUUCAAUGUGGACGAGCUGGAGACCAUGGGCACUGGCGAGCACUUCAUGGCUACUGAUGUUGAGUGGGACCCCACUGGCAGGGGACUGGGGGGGGAAGGGGGGGAGGCGGAGCUCAAGGGGUUCAACGGGCAGUUAGAGUUCUUCAAUGUGGACGAGCUGGAGACCAUGGGCACUGGCGAGCACUUCAUGGCUACUGAUGUUGAGUGGGACCCCACUGGCAGGGGACUGGGGGGGGAAGGGGGGGAGGCGGAGCUCAAGGGGUUCAACGGGCAGUUUGAGUUCUUCAAUGUGGACGAGCUGGAGACCAUGGGCACUGGCGAGCACUUCAUGGCUACUGAUGUUGAGUGGGACCCCACUGGCAGGGGACUGGGGGGGGAAGGGGGGGAGGCGGAGCUCAAGGGGUUCAACGGGCAGUUAGAGUUCUUCAAUGUGGACGAGCUGGAGACCAUGGGCACUGGCGAGCACUUCAUGGCUACUGAUGUUGAGUGGGACCCCACUGGCAGGGGACUGGGGGGGGAAGGGGGGGAGGCGGAGCUCAAGGGGUUCAACGGGCAGUUUGAGUUCUUCAAUGUGGACGAGCUGGAGACCAUGGGCACUGGCGAGCACUUCAUGGCUACUGAUGUUGAGUGGGACCCCACUGGCAGGGGACUGGGGGGGGAAGGGGGGGAGGCGGAGCUCAAGGGGUUCAACGGGCAGUUUGAGUUCUUCAAUGUGGACGAGCUGGAGACCAUGGGCACUGGCGAGCACUUCAUGGCUACUGAUGUUGAGUGGGACCCCACUGGCAGGGGACUGGGGGGGGAAGGGGGGGAGGCGGAGCUCAAGGGGUUCAACGGGCAGUUUGAGUUCUUCAAUGUGGACGAGCUGGAGACCAUGGGCACUGGCGAGCACUUCAUGGCUACUGAUGUUGAGUGGGACCCCACUGGCAGAGAGGGGACUGGGGGGGAAGGGGGGGAGGCGGAGCUCAAGGGGUUCAACGGGCAGUUUGAGUUCUUCAAUGUGGACGAGCUGGAGACCAUGGGCACUGGCGAGCACUUCAUGGCUACUGAUGUUGAGUGGGACCCCACUGGCAGGGGACUGGGGGGGGAAGGGGGGGAGGCGGAGCUCAAGGGGUUCAACGGGCAGUUAGAGUUCUUCAAUGUGGACGAGCUGGAGACCAUGGGCACUGGCGAGCACUUCAUGGCUACUGAUGUUGAGUGGGACCCCACUGGCAGGGGACUGGGGGGGGAAGGGGGGGAGGCGGAGCUCAAGGGGUUCAACGGGCAGUUUGAGUUCUUCAAUGUGGACGAGCUGGAGACCAUGGGCACUGGCGAGCACUUCAUGGCUACUGAUGUUGAGUGGGACCCCACUGGCAGGGGACUGGGGGGGGAAGGGGGGGAGGCGGAGCUCAAGGGGUUCAACGGGCAGUUUGAGUUCUUCAAUGUGGACGAGCUGGAGACCAUGGGCACUGGCGAGCACUUCAUGGCUACUGAUGUUGAGUGGGACCCCACUGGCAGGGGACUGGGGGGGGAAGGGGGGGAGGCGGAGCUCAAGGGGUUCAACGGGCAGUUUGAGUUCUUCAAUGUGGACGAGCUGGAGACCAUGGGCACUGGCGAGCACUUCAUGGCUACUGAUGUUGAGUGGGACCCCACUGGCAGGGGACUGGGGGGGGAAGGGGGGGAGGCGGAGCUCAAGGGGUUCAACGGGCAGUUUGAGUUCUUCAAUGUGGACGAGCUGGAGACCAUGGGCACUGGCGAGCACUUCAUGGCUACUGAUGUUGAGUGGGACCCCACUGGCAGUUUAGAGUUCUUCAAUGUGGACGAGCUGGAGACCAUGGGCACUGGCGAGCACUUCAUGGCUACUGAUGUUGAGUGGGACCCCACUGGCAGGGGACUGGGGGGGGAAGGGGGGGAGGCGGAGCUCAAGGGGUUCAACGGGCAGUUUGAGUUCUUCAAUGUGGACGAGCUGGAGACCAUGGGCACUGGCGAGCACUUCAUGGCUACUGAUGUUGAGUGGGACCCCACUGGCAGGGGACUGGGGGGGGAAGGGGGGGAGGCGGAGCUCAAGGGGUUCAACGGGCAGUUUGAGUUCUUCAAUGUGGACGAGCUGGAGACCAUGGGCACUGGCGAGCACUUCAUGGCUACUGAUGUUGAGUGGGACCCCACUGGCAGGGGACUGGGGGGGGAAGGGGGGGAGGCGGAGCUCAAGGGGUUCAACGGGCAGUUUGAGUUCUUCAAUGUGGACGAGCUGGAGACCAUGGGCACUGGCGAGCACUUCAUGGCUACUGAUGUUGAGUGGGACCCCACUGGCAGGGGACUGGGGGGGGAAGGGGGGGAGGCGGAGCUCAAGGGGUUCAACGGGCAGUUUGAGUUCUUCAAUGUGGACGAGCUGGAGACCAUGGGCACUGGCGAGCACUUCAUGGCUACUGAUGUUGAGUGGGACCCCACUGGCAGGGGACUGGGGGGGGAAGGGGGGGAGGCGGAGCUCAAGGGGUUCAACGGGCAGUUUGAGUUCUUCAAUGUGGACGAGCUGGAGACCAUGGGCACUGGCGAGCACUUCAUGGCUACUGAUGUUGAGUGGGACCCCACUGGCAGGGGACUGGGGGGGGAAGGGGGGGAGGCGGAGCUCAAGGGGUUCAACGGGCAGUUUGAGUUCUUCAAUGUGGACGAGCUGGAGACCAUGGGCACUGGCGAGCACUUCAUGGCUACUGAUGUUGAGUGGGACCCCACUGGCAGGGGACUGGGGGGGGAAGGGGGGGAGGCGGAGCUCAAGGGGUUCAACGGGCAGUUUGAGUUCUUCAAUGUGGACGAGCUGGAGACCAUGGGCACUGGCGAGCACUUCAUGGCUACUGAUGUUGAGUGGGACCCCACUGGCAGGGGACUGGGGGGGGAAGGGGGGGAGGCGGAGCUCAAGGGGUUCAACGGGCAGUUUGAGUUCUUCAAUGUGGACGAGCUGGAGACCAUGGGCACUGGCGAGCACUUCAUGGCUACUGAUGUUGAGUGGGACCCCACUGGCAGGGGACUGGGGGGGGAAGGGGGGGAGGCGGAGCUCAAGGGGUUCAACGGGCAGUUUGAGUUCUUCAAUGUGGACGAGCUGGAGACCAUGGGCACUGGCGAGCACUUCAUGGCUACUGAUGUUGAGUGGGACCCCACUGGCAGGGGACUGGGGGGGGAAGGGGGGGAGGCGGAGCUCAAGGGGUUCAACGGGCAGUUUGAGUUCUUCAAUGUGGACGAGCUGGAGACCAUGGGCACUGGCGAGCACUUCAUGGCUACUGAUGUUGAGUGGGACCCCACUGGCAGGGGACUGGGGGGGGAAGGGGGGGAGGCGGAGCUCAAGGGGUUCAACGGGCAGUUUGAGUUCUUCAAUGUGGACGAGCUGGAGACCAUGGGCACUGGCGAGCACUUCAUGGCUACUGAUGUUGAGUGGGACCCCACUGGCAGGGGACUGGGGGGGGAAGGGGGGGAGGCGGAGCUCAAGGGGUUCAACGGGCAGUUUGAGUUCUUCAAUGUGGACGAGCUGGAGACCAUGGGCACUGGCGAGCACUUCAUGGCUACUGAUGUUGAGUGGGACCCCACUGGCAGGGGACUGGGGGGGGAAGGGGGGGAGGCGGAGCUCAAGGGGUUCAACGGGCAGUUUGAGUUCUUCAAUGUGGACGAGCUGGAGACCAUGGGCACUGGCGAGCACUUCAUGGCUACUGAUGUUGAGUGGGACCCCACUGGCAGGGGACUGGGGGGGGAAGGGGGGGAGGCGGAGCUCAAGGGGUUCAACGGGCAGUUUGAGUUCUUCAAUGUGGACGAGCUGGAGACCAUGGGCACUGGCGAGCACUUCAUGGCUACUGAUGUUGAGUGGGACCCCACUGGCAGGGGACUGGGGGGGGAAGGGGGGGAGGCGGAGCUCAAGGGGUUCAACGGGCAGUUUGAGUUCUUCAAUGUGGACGAGCUGGAGACCAUGGGCACUGGCGAGCACUUCAUGGCUACUGAUGUUGAGUGGGACCCCACUGGCAGGGGACUGGGGGGGGAAGGGGGGGAGGCGGAGCUCAAGGGGUUCAACGGGCAGUUUGAGUUCUUCAAUGUGGACGAGCUGGAGACCAUGGGCACUGGCGAGCACUUCAUGGCUACUGAUGUUGAGUGGGACCCCACUGGCAGGGGACUGGGGGGGGAAGGGGGGGAGGCGGAGCUCAAGGGGUUCAACGGGCAGUUUGAGUUCUUCAAUGUGGACGAGCUGGAGACCAUGGGCACUGGCGAGCACUUCAUGGCUACUGAUGUUGAGUGGGACCCCACUGGCAGGGGACUGGGGGGGGAAGGGGGGGAGGCGGAGCUCAAGGGGUUCAACGGGCAGUUUGAGUUCUUCAAUGUGGACGAGCUGGAGACCAUGGGCACUGGCGAGCACUUCAUGGCUACUGAUGUUGAGUGGGACCCCACUGGCAGGGGACUGGGGGGGGAAGGGGGGGAGGCGGAGCUCAAGGGGUUCAACGGGCAGUUUGAGUUCUUCAAUGUGGACGAGCUGGAGACCAUGGGCACUGGCGAGCACUUCAUGGCUACUGAUGUUGAGUGGGACCCCACUGGCAGGGGACUGGGGGGGGAAGGGGGGGAGGCGGAGCUCAAGGGGUUCAACGGGCAGUUUGAGUUCUUCAAUGUGGACGAGCUGGAGACCAUGGGCACUGGCGAGCACUUCAUGGCUACUGAUGUUGAGUGGGACCCCACUGGCAGGGGACUGGGGGGGGAAGGGGGGGAGGCGGAGCUCAAGGGGUUCAACGGGCAGUUUGAGUUCUUCAAUGUGGACGAGCUGGAGACCAUGGGCACUGGCGAGCACUUCAUGGCUACUGAUGUUGAGUGGGACCCCACUGGCAGGGGACUGGGGGGGGAAGGGGGGGAGGCGGAGCUCAAGGGGUUCAACGGGCAGUUUGAGUUCUUCAAUGUGGACGAGCUGGAGACCAUGGGCACUGGCGAGCACUUCAUGGCUACUGAUGUUGAGUGGGACCCCACUGGCAGGCGGGAGCUCAAGGGGUUCAACGGGCAGUUUGAGUUCUUCAAUGUGGACGAGCUGGAGACCAUGGGCACUGGCGAGCACUUCAUGGCUACUGAUGUUGAGUGGGACCCCACUGGCAGGGGACUGGGGGGGGAAGGGGGGGAGGCGGAGCUCAAGGGGUUCAACGGGCAGUUUGAGUUCUUCAAUGUGGACGAGCUGGAGACCAUGGGCACUGGCGAGCACUUCAUGGCUACUGAUGUUGAGUGGGACCCCACUGGCAGGGGACUGGGGGGGGAAGGGGGGGAGGCGGAGCUCAAGGGGUUCAACGGGCAGUUUGAGUUCUUCAAUGUGGACGAGCUGGAGACCAUGGGCACUGGCGAGCACUUCAUGGCUACUGAUGUUGAGUGGGACCCCACUGGCAGGGGACUGGGGGGGGAAGGGGGGGAGGCGGAGCUCAAGGGGUUCAACGGGCAGUUUGAGUUCUUCAAUGUGGACGAGCUGGAGACCAUGGGCACUGGCGAGCACUUCAUGGCUACUGAUGUUGAGUGGGACCCCACUGGCAGAGAGGGGACUGGGGGGGAAGGGGGGGAGGCGGAGCUCAAGGGGUUCAACGGGCAGUUUGAGUUCUUCAAUGUGGACGAGCUGGAGACCAUGGGCACUGGCGAGCACUUCAUGGCUACUGAUGUUGAGUGGGACCCCACUGGCAGGGGACUGGGGGGGGAAGGGGGGGAGGCGGAGCUCAAGGGGUUCAACGGGCAGUUUGAGUUCUUCAAUGUGGACGAGCUGGAGACCAUGGGCACUGGCGAGCACUUCAUGGCUACUGAUGUUGAGUGGGACCCCACUGGCAGGGGACUGGGGGGGGAAGGGGGGGAGGCGGAGCUCAAGGGGUUCAACGGGCAGUUUGAGUUCUUCAAUGUGGACGAGCUGGAGACCAUGGGCACUGGCGAGCACUUCAUGGCUACUGAUGUUGAGUGGGACCCCACUGGCAGGGGACUGGGGGGGGAAGGGGGGGAGGCGGAGCUCAAGGGGUUCAACGGGCAGUUUGAGUUCUUCAAUGUGGACGAGCUGGAGACCAUGGGCACUGGCGAGCACUUCAUGGCUACUGAUGUUGAGUGGGACCCCACUGGCAGGGGACUGGGGGGGGAAGGGGGGAGGCGGAGCUCAAGGGGUUUCAACGGGCAGUUUGAGUUCUUCAAUGUGGACGAGCUGGAGACCAUGGGCACUGGCGAGCACUUCAUGGCUACUGAUGUUGAGUGGGACCCCACUGGCAGGGGACUGGGGGGGGAAGGGGGGGAGGCGGAGCUCAAGGGGUUCAACGGGCAGUUUGAGUUCUUCAAUGUGGACGAGCUGGAGACCAUGGGCACUGGCGAGCACUUCAUGGCUACUGAUGUUGAGUGGGACCCCACUGGCAGGGGACUGGGGGGGGAAGGGGGGGAGGCGGGGCUCAAGGGGUUCAACGGGCAGUUUGAGUUCUUCAAUGUGGACGAGCUGGAGACCAUGGGCACUGGCGAGCACUUCAUGGCUACUGAUGUUGAGUGGGACCCCACUGGCAGGGGACUGGGGGGGGAAGGGGGGGAGGCGGAGCUCAAGGGGUUCAACGGGCAGUUUGAGUUCUUCAAUGUGGACGAGCUGGAGACCAUGGGCACUGGCGAGCACUUCAUGGCUACUGAUGUUGAGUGGGACCCCACUGGCAGGGGACUGGGGGGGGAAGGGGGGGAGGCGGGGCUCAAGGGGUUCAACGGGCAGUUUGAGUUCUUCAAUGUGGACGAGCUGGAGACCAUGGGCACUGGCGAGCACUUCAUGGCUACUGAUGUUGAGUGGGACCCCACUGGCAGGGGACUGGGGGGGGAAGGGGGGGAGGCGGAGCUCAAGGGGUUCAACGGGCAGUUUGAGUUCUUCAAUGUGGACGAGCUGGAGACCAUGGGCACUGGCGAGCACUUCAUGGCUACUGAUGUUGAGUGGGACCCCACUGGCAGGGGACUGGGGGGGGAAGGGGGGGAGGCGGAGCUCAAGGGGUUCAACGGGCAGUUUGAGUUCUUCAAUGUGGACGAGCUGGAGACCAUGGGCACUGGCGAGCACUUCAUGGCUACUGAUGUUGAGUGGGACCCCACUGGCAGAGAGGGGACUGGGGGGGAAGGGGGGGAGGCGGAGCUCAAGGGGUUCAACGGGCAGUUUGAGUUCUUCAAUGUGGACGAGCUGGAGACCAUGGGCACUGGCGAGCACUUCAUGGCUACUGAUGUUGAGUGGGACCCCACUGGCAGGGGACUGGGGGGGGAAGGGGGGGAGGCGGGGCUCAAGGGGUUCAACGGGCAGUUUGAGUUCUUCAAUGUGGACGAGCUGGAGACCAUGGGCACUGGCGAGCACUUCAUGGCUACUGAUGUUGAGUGGGACCCCACUGGCAGGGGACUGGGGGGGGAAGGGGGGGAGGCGGAGCUCAAGGGGUUCAACGGGCAGUUUGAGUUCUUCAAUGUGGACGAGCUGGAGACCAUGGGCACUGGCGAGCACUUCAUGGCUACUGAUGUUGAGUGGGACCCACUGGCAGGUGAGAUGGGCGGUGGUGCAGUGGGGGGGGAGGCGGAGCUCAAGGGGUUCAACGGGCAGUUUGAGUUCUUCAAUGUGGACGAGCUGGAGACCAUGGGCACUGGCGAGCACUUCAUGGCUACUGAUGUUGAGUGGGACCCCACUGGCAGGGGACUGGGGGGGGAAGGGGGGGAGGCGGAGCUCAAGGGGUUCAACGGGCAGUUUGAGUUCUUCAAUGUGGACGAGCUGGAGACCAUGGGCACUGGCGAGCACUUCAUGGCUACUGAUGUUGAGUGGGACCCCACUGGCAGAGAGGGGACUGGGGGGGAAGGGGGGGAGGCGGAGCUCAAGGGGUUCAACGGGCAGUUUGAGUUCUUCAAUGUGGACGAGCUGGAGACCAUGGGCACUGGCGAGCACUUCAUGGCUACUGAUGUUGAGUGGGACCCCACUGGCAGGGGACUGGGGGGGGAAGGGGGGGAGGCGGAGCUCAAGGGGUUCAACGGGCAGUUUGAGUUCUUCAAUGUGGACGAGCUGGAGACCAUGGGCACUGGCGAGCACUUCAUGGCUACUGAUGUUGAGUGGACCCCACUGGCAGGGGGGGAGGCGGAGCUCAAGGGGUUCAACGGGCAGUUUGAGUUCUUCAAUGUGGACGAGCUGGAGACCAUGGGCACUGGCGAGCACUUCAUGGCUACUGAUGUUGAGUGGGACCCCACUGGCAGGGGACUGGGGGGGGAAGGGGGGGAGGCGGAGCUCAAGGGGUUCAACGGGCAGUUUGAGUUCUUCAAUGUGGACGAGCUGGAGACCAUGGGCACUGGCGAGCACUUCAUGGCUACUGAUGUUGAGUGGGACCCCACUGGCAGGGGACUGGGGGGGGAAGGGGGGGAGGCGGAGCUCAAGGGGUUCAACGGGCAGUUUGAGUUCUUCAAUGUGGACGAGCUGGAGACCAUGGGCACUGGCGAGCACUUCAUGGCUACUGAUGUUGAGUGGGACCCCACUGGCAGGGGACUGGGGGGGGAAGGGGGGGAGGCGGAGCUCAAGGGGUUCAACGGGCAGUUUGAGUUCUUCAAUGUGGACGAGCUGGAGACCAUGGGCACUGGCGAGCACUUCAUGGCUACUGAUGUUGAGUGGGACCCCACUGGCAGGGGACUGGGGGGGGAAGGGGGGGAGGCGGAGCUCAAGGGGUUCAACGGGCAGUUUGAGUUCUUCAAUGUGGACGAGCUGGAGACCAUGGGCACUGGCGAGCACUUCAUGGCUACUGAUGUUGAGUGGGACCCCACUGGCAGGGGACUGGGGGGGGAAGGGGGGGAGGCGGGGCUCAAGGGGUUCAACGGGCAGUUUGAGUUCUUCAAUGUGGACGAGCUGGAGACCAUGGGCACUGGCGAGCACUUCAUGGCUACUGAUGUUGAGUGGGACCCCACUGGCAGGGGACUGGGGGGGGAAGGGGGGGAGGCGGAGCUCAAGGGGUUCAACGGGCAGUUUGAGUUCUUCAAUGUGGACGAGCUGGAGACCAUGGGCACUGGCGAGCACUUCAUGGCUACUGAUGUUGAGUGGGACCCCACUGGCAGGGGACUGGGGGGGGAAGGGGGGGAGGCGGAGCUCAAGGGGUUCAACGGGCAGUUUGAGUUCUUCAAUGUGGACGAGCUGGAGACCAUGGGCACUGGCGAGCACUUCAUGGCUACUGAUGUUGAGUGGGACCCCACUGGCAGGGGACUGGGGGGGGAAGGGGGGGAGGCGGAGCUCAAGGGGUUCAACGGGCAGUUUGAGUUCUUCAAUGUGGACGAGCUGGAGACCAUGGGCACUGGCGAGCACUUCAUGGCUACUGAUGUUGAGUGGGACCCCACUGGCAGGCGGGAGCUCAAGGGGUUCAACGGGCAGUUUGAGUUCUUCAAUGUGGACGAGCUGGAGACCAUGGGCACUGGCGAGCACUUCAUGGCUACUGAUGUUGAGUGGGACCCCACUGGCAGGGGACUGGGGGGGGAAGGGGGGGAGGCGGAGCUCAAGGGGUUCAACGGGCAGUUUGAGUUCUUCAAUGUGGACGAGCUGGAGACCAUGGGCACUGGCGAGCACUUCAUGGCUACUGAUGUUGAGUGGGACCCCACUGGCAGGGGACUGGGGGGGGAAGGGGGGGAGGCGGAGCUCAAGGGGUUCAACGGGCAGUUUGAGUUCUUCAAUGUGGACGAGCUGGAGACCAUGGGCACUGGCGAGCACUUCAUGGCUACUGAUGUUGAGUGGGACCCCACUGGCAGGGGACUGGGGGGGGAAGGGGGGGAGGCGGAGCUCAAGGGGUUCAACGGGCAGUUUGAGUUCUUCAAUGUGGACGAGCUGGAGACCAUGGGCACUGGCGAGCACUUCAUGGCUACUGAUGUUGAGUGGGACCCCACUGGCAGGGGGGAGGCGGAGCUCAAGGGGUUCAACGGGCAGUUUGAGUUCUUCAAUGUGGACGAGCUGGAGACCAGGGGGGAGGCGGAGCUCAAGGGGUUCAACGGGCAGUUUGAGUUCUUCAAUGUGGACGAGCUGGAGACCAUGGGCACUGGCGAGCACUUCAUGGCUACUGAUGUUGAGUGGGACCCCACUGGCAGAGAGGGGACUGGGGGGGAAGGGGGGGAGGCGGAGCUCAAGGGGUUCAACGGGCAGUUUGAGUUCUUCAAUGUGGACGAGCUGGAGACCAUGGGCACUGGCGAGCACUUCAUGGCUACUGAUGUUGAGUGGGACCCCACUGGCAGGGGACUGGGGGGGGAAGGGGGGGAGGCGGAGCUCAAGGGGUUCAACGGGCAGUUUGAGUUCUUCAAUGUGGACGAGCUGGAGACCGGUUUGGGUGUGCAUGGCUGUGAAGAGAGGGGACUGGGGGGGGAAGGGGGGGAGGCGGAGCUCAAGGGGUUCAACGGGCAGUUUGAGUUCUUCAAUGUGGAUGAGCUGGAGACCAUGGGCACUGGCGAGCACUUCAUGGCUACUGAUGUUGAGUGCGACCCCACUGGCAGGGGACUGGGGGGGGAAGGGGGGGAGGCGGGGCUCAAGGGGUUCAACGGGCAGUUUGAGUUCUUCAAUGUGGAUGAGCUGGAGACCAUGGGCACUGGCGAGCACUUCAUGGCUACUGAUGUUGAGUGCGACCCCACUGGCAGGGGGGGAGGCGGGCUCAAGGGGUUCAACGGGCAGUUUGAGUUCUUCAAUGUGGAUGAGCUGGAGACCGUGGGCACUGGCGAGCACUUCAUGGCUACUGAUGUUGAGUGGGACCCCACUGGCAGGGGACUGGGGGGGGAAGGGGGGGAGGCGGGGCUCAAGGGGUUCAACGGGCAGUUUGAGUUCUUCAAUGUGGAUGAGCUGGAGACCAUGGGCACUGGCGAGCACUUCAUGGCUACUGAUGUUGAGUGGGACCCCACUGGCAGGGGACUGGGGGGGGAAGGGGGGGAGGCGGGGCUCAAGGGGUUCAACGGGCAGUUUGAGUUCUUCAAUGUGGAUGAGCUGGAGGACCGGGGGGAGGCGGGGCUCAAGGGGUUCAACGGGCAGUUUGAGUUCUUCAAUGUGGAUGAGCUGGAGACAUGGGCACUGGCGAGCACUUCAUGGCUACUGAUGGGACUGGGGGGGAAGGGGGGGGAGGCGGGGCUCAAGGGGUUCAACGGGCAGUUUGAGUUCUUCAAUGUGGAUGAGCUGGAGACCAUGGGCACUGGCGAGCACUUCAUGGCUACUGAUGUUGAGUGGGACCCCACUGGCAGGGGACUGGGGGGGGAAGGGGGGGAGGCGGAGCUCAAGGGGUUCAACGGGCAGUUUGAGUUCUUCAAUGUGGAUGAGUUGGAGACCAUGGGCACUGGCGAGCACUUCAUGGCUACUGAUGUUGAGUGGGACCCCACUGGCAGGGGACUGGGGGGGGAAGGGGGGGAGGCGGGGCUCAAGGGGUUCAACGGGCAGUUUGAGUUCUUCAAUGUGGAUGAGCUGGGGACCAUGGGCACUGGCGAGCACUUCAUGGCUACUGAUGUUGAGUGGGACCCCACUGGCAGGGGACUGGGGGGGGAAGGGGGGGAGGCGGGGCUGAAGGGGUUCAACGGGCAGUUUGAGUUCUUCAAUGUGGAUGAGCUGGGGACCAUGGGCACUGGCGAGCACUUCAUGGCUACUGAUGUUGAGUGGGACCCCACUGGCAGGGGACUGGGGGGGGAAGGGGGGGAGGCGGAGCUCAAGGGGUUCAACGGGCAGUUUGAGUUCUUCAAUGUGGACGAGCUGGAGACCGUGGGCAUUGGCGAGCACUUCAUGGCUACUGAUGUUGAGUGCGACCCCACUGGCAGGCGGGAGCUCAAGGGGUUCAACGGGCAGUUUGAGUUCUUCAAUGUGGAUGAGCUGGAGACCAUGGGCACUGGCGAGCACUUCAUGGCUACUGAUGUUGAGUGGGACCCCACUGGCAGAGAGGGGACUGGGGGGGAAGGGGGGGAGGCGGGGCUCAAGGGGUUCAACGGGCAGUUUGAGUUCUUCAAUGUGGAUGAGCUGGAGACCAUGGGCACUGGCGAGCACUUCAUGGCUACUGAUGUUGAGUGGGACCCCACUGGCAGAGGGGGACUGGGGGGGGAAGGGGGGGAGGCGGGGCUGAAGGGGUUCAACGGGCAGUUUGAGUUCUUCAAUGUGGAUGAGCUGGGGACCAUGGGCACUGGCGAGCACUUCAUGGCUACUGAUGUUGAGUGGGACCCCCACUGGCAGAGGGGACUGGGGGGGGAAGGGGGGGAGGCGGGGCUGAAGGGGUUCAACGGGCAGUUUGAGUUCUUCAAUGUGGAUGAGCUGGGGACCAUGGGCACUGGCGAGCACUUCAUGGCUACUGAUGUUGAGUGGGACCCCACUGGCAGGGGACUGGGGGGGGAAGGGGGGGAGGCGGAGCUCAAGGGGUUCAACGGGCAGUUUGAGUUCUUCAAUGUGGAUGAGUUGGAGACCAUGGGCACUGGCGAGCACUUCAUGGCUACUGAUGUUGAGUGGGACCCCACUGGCAGGGGACUGGGGGGGGAAGGGGGGGAGGCGGGGCUCAAGGGGUUCAACGGGCAGUUUGAGUUCUUCAAUGUGGACGAGCUGGAGACCAUGGGCACGGGGGAGCAUUUCAUGGCCACGGAUGUCGAGUGGGACCCCACUGGCAGGUACCUAGCAACAGCAGUGACGUCGGUGCAUCAGAUGGAGAACGGAUUCCACAUCUGGUCCUUCAGCGACCGCCUUACUGCUCACUUUUGUACCUGGCAACAGCAGUACCUGGCAACAGCAGUGACGUCGGUGCAUCAGAUGGAGAACGGAUUCCACAUCUGGUACCUGGCAACAGCAGUGACGUCGGUGCAUCAGAUGGAGAACGGAUUCCACAUCUGGUCCUUCAGUGGCCGCAUGCUCUACCAGCUGCCGCGCGACCGCUUCAUGCAGGGGCGAGGCUGUCGAUUUUCGAUGCCUCGACUCAUCCCUCGCUGGAUCCCUUGGGCUGCCGAACAUCGCCGUGAUGGUGAAAGGAAGUUCCUUUGGAGGCCCCGUCCGGCCUCCCUGCUGCCCGCAGAGAAAGAGGCAGAAGUUUCCAAGAACCUGCGCAAGUACAGCCGAAAGUACGAGGUGGAGGACGAGGAGGCCGGGGCGGCGUCGAGCGCUGCAGAGGUGGAGAGGCGGCGCAUGGUGCUGGACGAGUGGCGGCAGUGGCAGGCGGAGUGGCGGCACAUUGACGAGCAGGAGGAGAAGCUGCGGGCGGCGAUCAGCGGAGGAGUGAAGGAGGAGGAGGAGGAGUAUAAGGCGGAGGAGGUGGAGGUGGAGGAGAUUAUCGACAUUCAGGAGGAGAUUGAGAGGUUUGAGUGA